AUAAGGAUAUGGCUAUGGUGAAUACUUCAUUUCGCAGUUGAACAGAAAAAUGGUACAAACACUCUCAAUGCCUGUGGCACCUUCACUCUCAAUCAUCUCCAAAGGCCAUGCUCACUUCUCCAAUCGAGUUUCCUUCCCAGUUCUCAACACUCCAAAGUCAAAGGUUCAAAGGCUGAACAUUGUGUGUGUUCGUGUUGGUGGUGUGGAAAUUCCAAACAACAAGAGAAUUGAAUUUUCAUUGCAGUACAUUCAUGGAGUUGGAAGGAACAGAGCGAGACAGAUUCUAACUGAUAUCAGUAUGGAGAAUAAAGUUACUAAGGAAUUGAGUGAAGAAGAGCUUAUUAGUCUCAGGGAUGAAGUUAACAAAUACAUGAUUGAAGGAGAUUUGAGAAGGUUUAAUGCACUUAAUAUAAAGAGGUUGAAGGAGAUUCAGUGUUACAGAGGAAUAAGGCAUAUUCAGGGACUUCCUUGUAGAGGACAACGUACCAAGAACAAUUGCAGGACAUUGAAGGGUAAGAAGGUUACUGUUGCUGGCAAGAAGAAAAAGUAAAUAUUUAGUACCUUUUUAAUUUAGUCACUUGAUUUGUGUAUGAGAGUAAGAAAAAAAAUGUUUUGGAUAAUGCAAUUGUUUUGAUUAAAUUGGAUGUAAUUUUGUUGUUGUGAAAGUUUAAAUGAAGUUUAUUAGUGAUAUAUUAUGU